AUGCCAUCCUUGGCUAACGUUUUGCUUCAAAGCAUAGCCUACAUGGCGGAAAAGUUCCCUGACAAGUGGAUGGAGAAGAUCCCUUACUAUCGCGCCAGAGAAGAAGAGCUAGAGAAAGAGGAGCGAGAGUACCAACGCGCCCGCAAGCACAAGCGUAGACACUCCCACUCCCACAAGCGCUCCAGUAGCCGCCGCAGAAGUCGCCAUUUCGAAGAUGAGGAGCAGUCCGACGUCUCUGAUGAAGGAGAGUACGAUCGCCAGGACCGCAGAAGACACCGCAGUUUGGACGGACGUCGCCAACAGGCCGAAGACAAAGCCGCCCAUCGUAGAUCUUACAACCCUGCCGACUACGCUCCUAUCGACAGACACGGCUACGCUGUUCAGUCGCCUGCUAAUGCUCCCUCCGCCAUGAAUGGCUCGGGACAUGGCACGCCCCCCUUGACGACUGCCUUUGCCAACGGCUCUCGUCCUGUCUCCACUUCUGGACCAAUCCCUGGCUACGUUCCCUACGCUCACGUCUACAACGCUCCAGUCCAGUCGCAGAACGCCCCCCAUGGCCACGAAGUCCGCGGCUCUCCUCGUGGUUCAAUGGAUCGCUACGAGCGUAGAGACUAUCCCGCAGACCCCAGUGGCGCAAGGUGA